GAGGAGACGUUUGCUGCUGGUGAUGACGAAGGGAGAAAUUUACUGUAGCUGCAGUGCCCAGCUUUCCCCAUGAGAGUCUGGGAAAAGAGGAGUGUAAAAAGAUAAGAUUUUAAACAAACAUACGAUCAUAUCUUAUAGGUAACAGUUCCACGAGAGAAGCGGGUAGUGUUGUUUGAGGGAAGGGGUGGACGUCCUCUCCGCGGAGCGGCAUCAGGGUGGUGGGUAGCGAUAGCAGGAGGCCAUUAACUCUUCUUUUGUUUGGGGAUUUCCCUCCUUUUUUUUUUCGGAAUUCUUCUUCAAUAUUUUCCUCUCCAUUUUUUCAAUCGGAGGUCAUUUAUCAUAUCGUGGAGAGCUGAGAGCUGGGAGGACGAGAAGGACGGGCGGUCCCGGCUAAGUGGGAGCAGAAAUGCACAGGAAAUUAUCAUACGCUUGUUUUGUACCUGCAAAUAAUUCAAGACCAACGGAGUGAAUAAUUAGGAUUAAACAGAGAGGUCUGGGAGGAGGCUGGCAGGGCAGUGGGUGGCAGGCUUGGCAGGUGGCGCUGGAUUCAGGCUGGGUCGAGAGGGCUCGAGGCGGCUGGUGAGCAGUAGUGUCACGCAACAGCUUGUGGAGUGCGGGCGUCCGGUCUCUGUCCGGUCUCUGUGAGGAGCCAAACCAGUUCUCGGCCGCUGCGCAGGCUGACUACCAGAUGUGUACCACACUCGUGUUUCCCUUACGUGCUGUGCGAUUGUGUUGUCGCAGGACUUCUUGCUGAAACAUGUGAACCUUCAGUGAAAGGUUUUGGCAGUAUUUGUCUCAAAAACCGCGCGGAAGUUUUAGUCGGUCAUUUGUUGGAGGUGUUUUGUUGCUACAGAUUGUUUUAUGAGCGUUGGAGAGUGAGCCUGACCAGGAGGGACAUGUCCUCACAGAGCUAGGCGGUGGUUGAGUCAACACCAUGGAGCUGAGAUGGUGGCGAGCCCUCAGAGUGGUACAGGGCCUCGCAUCACUGGGUUCUUGGAUGCUGCUACUGCUUCUACUGCUGCUGCCGCCGCCACAGACUGCCGCCCUGUCCUCAGCGGAGAGCCAAGGUGAGUCUCCGCCCACUGCAGCAGAGGAGGUGUCGUCCGUGGAAGUCUUUGGGAGGGAAGAGCAUAGUUACAAUAGCAGCCGCGUCCAGGACGACUCUCCUCUCCAGCUUGACGACGCCGAUGAUUUCCUUCCUCCGAUCACCAUAACAGAAGCGCCUCUGGAGAACCCGAGUCCGCCAGGUUGCUCUCACCCGCUGGGCCUUACCACCGGAGACGUCUUGGACUGGCAAAUAUCCGCCUCCUCGUCUUACCCGUCUACGUGGGACGCAGGCUGCCAGGUCAAAUAUGCCCGCCUUCACCAACCCAACGGGCGGGCAUGGUGUGCAGGCAGGAAGGCCGCCGGCGAAUGGGUCCUGGUUGAUUUAGGCGUGCCGGCCAAGGUGACGGGUCUCAUGACACAGGGCAAAGGGGAUGACGAGGAGUGGGUGACGUCCUUUGAACUCUCCUACUCCCUGGACGCCUACCACUGGCACUACGCCCGCGACAUUUACAACAACAAAAAGGUGUUCCAGGCCAACGUUGACUCGCACCAGACAAGGCACAACUACGUGGAACCGCCCGUGCUGGGUCGCUUUGUGAGGUUGCACGUACUGGAGUGGCACACACACCCCUCCAUGCGCUUUGAGCUGCUCGGCUGUCAGGAAUGCAAAACAGUGAUCAGUGAGGGCAUGGACGUGCAGCUCACCGCUAGCUCCCACAAGCCUUGGCGCCGCAGCAAAUCGUGCCAGCCCAAGGACGCUGCGCUUAACUCCCAUCGCGCUUGGUGUGCUCGCAGGAAGGACGAACACCAGUGGCUUCAGUGGGACUUGGGACCGCCUCACCUGGUGACCGGAGUGGUGACGCGAGGCCGAGGGGACACGGGCCGUAAACAUUGGGUGAAGGCCUACACACUUACCUACUCCAACGACUCCAAGGUGUGGUUCACCUACAAAGACGGCAACCACCUCGAUACUAAGGUGAGCGACAAGGUGUUUGGAGGAAAUCUGGACAAGCAUACGGAGCGGCGCCACUACCUCAACUCACCCUUCAAGGCUCGCUACGUCCGCCUCCAUCCUCAGCGCUGGCGGAAAUCCAUCGCCCUCCGCGCAGCACUCAUCGGAUGCCCGCACAAGGGGGACUGUGGCGAGGGCUUCUUCAGGGUGACGCCAGACACCAACUGUGUUGAGAACGUGGCUUACAAAGGUGGCACUUGGGUCAACGACAAGAGACAUGCGUGGUCUGAUUGGAACUAUGGACCUGCGGGGUUGGCCGUCGACGGUAACCUGGACACAAACCUGCAGUCAUGCGCCGUGGUCGACAACGAUCAUGUGGACGAGCCCGUGUGGAUGGUGGACCUGGGCAAGCGGCGGGAGGUGCGCGGCCUGGUGCUCAUUACCUGGCAGGGACGUGGCCAAGGAGUGGUGGCGGUCACUGAAACCUACUACACCGGUCGUCAUGAAGCUGACCAACAAACUUUGUAUCGGGAUUAUGUGUUCGGCCUUGACCGCCUCACCAUCUUCGUGGAGAAUCAGCGUCGUCUGGAUACAUUAUCUCCCCAGGACCACAAGAAGUGUGCCUCCAUAACUAGGCUCAACAAUGCCCUCUUCAGGGAACGGGUGCACGUGGAGUGUCCGCAGCCAAUCAAGGGGCGGUACCUGUACAUCAAAGCCAGCGGGGUGGCCAACAGGUGGCACCGGGUGUUCUCCAUGGUGUUGUGUGAAGUGAUGGUGUACUGACUUGCCUAGCUCACCAUGCCUUCAACCCCUACACCACCUAACCUCAACCUCAGUCUCAGCUUCAUCUCCCACCUAAUCCAGAGUCUCAAAGACAGAAUAAAAAUAAUCCCUCAUGUAAACUAAGGCUAA